AUGGGCUCACUCUUUCGCUCGCAUGCGAUGACGAUGGUACAGAUCAUCGACCACAACGACGGCGCCCGUGAGGUCGUGGAGCUGCUCGGCGAGCUGGGAGUGAUGCAGCUGGUCGACCUCAAUGCGGGCACGAUGGGCAAUCGUCGCACCUUUUCCGACGAUCUGCGGCGCAACGACGCAGUGAUGAAGAGGCUAGAGUUUCUCGAGCGUGCGUGUGAGGCAGCGGGCGUGCCCGUCCGGCUACGCGACGAGCACGCGCCGCUCAUGAGCCGCACGCAGCUGGCCGGCCUCGACGGUGAGCUGCGCAGCCUCGAGCGCGAGAUUGCUGACAUGAAGGCAGAGGAGAGGCGGGUCCUGCUGGUCGCCAACGGGCUGCGGGAGAACCUGCACCUGCUGAGGCUCGGCGCGACGGUCUACGACGGUGGCACCGAGGCGGUGGUCGAGGCCGAGGCGUGGCCUACACCGUCCGACAUAGAGCUCGCAGAAGAGCGCCGCUCGUCGUCGCUCCGCGAGGGCCUGCUCCAGCAAGCGGGGACGACGGGCGCGGGCGCGGUCGGCCGCAUGGACGCGGGCGGGAUGCUCAACCUGGUGGCCGGCGUCAUCUCGCGGAGCAACGCGCACCAGUUCGAGCGCCUGGCGCACAGGCUCUCGCGCGGCAACUGCAUGGUGUACAACGAGCCCAUCGACGAGCCGCUGCUGCUCGCCUCGCGCGACCCGCGGGAAGAGCCCGCCGCCGUGCCCAAGAACGCAUUUCUCGUCUUCUUCUCCGGCGAGGUGCUGCGCGCCAAGCUGCUCAAGGUUGCGGGCCACCUCUCCGCCACCAUCUACCCCACUCAGUGCGCUUGGCGGUUAGAGGACUGCUAG